AUGUCGACGUCUAUAACCAUAGCCUUCACUCUCUUCAUCACAACAACACUACUCGUGUUCGCAAACGCGAAAUCGCAACCGCUUUUUCCAGCGAUUCUGAUCUUCGGCGAUUCAACCGUUGACACAGGCAACAACAACUAUCCUUCAGAAAUAAUCUUCAAAGCUAAACAUGUUCCUUACGGUAUUGAUUUCCCAAGCCACUCACCUAACGGAAGAUUCUCAAACGGGAAAAUUUUCUCCGACAUAAUCGCAACCAAACUCAACAUCAAACAGUUUGUUCCUCCUUUCUUACAACCGAAUCUCACCGACCAAGAGAUCUUGACCGGAGUCUGUUUCGCAUCAGCUGGUGCAGGUUACGAUGACCGAACCAGUCUCUCGACACAAGCGAUUCGUGUCUCGGAACAACCAAAUAUGUUAAAGAGUUACAUUGCUCGUCUUAAGAGUAUCGUGGGAGACAAGAAAGCCAUGAAGAUCAUAAACAAUGCUUUUGUGGUUGUGAGUGCAGGACCUAACGAUUUCAUCUUGAAUUAUUACGAUGUUCCUUCGUGGCGUCGAGAGUAUCCUACCAUUUCUGAUUACCAAGAGUUUGUACUUAACAUGCUUAACAAUUUCGUGCGGGAGCUUUACAGUCUCGGUUGCCGGAAAUUUUUGGUCGGAGGUUUACCACCAAUGGGAUGUUUACCGAUUCAAAUGACUGCUCAGUUCCGCAACGUCCUUAGGUUUUGUUUGGAACAAGAAAACAGAGACUCUGUUUUAUACAAUCAAAAACUUCAGAAGCUCUUACCUCAGAUCGAAGGAUCACUAACAGAAAGCAAGAUACUUUACUCUAAUGUCUAUGACCCUAUGAUGGACAUGAUCCAAAGACCUAGCAAAUACGGGUUUAAAGAGACGACGAGAGGAUGUUGUGGAUCAGGAUACCUAGAGACAAGCUUCAUGUGUAAUGCUUAUUCUACCAUGUGUCAGAAUCGCUCGGAGUUUAUGUUCUUUGACUCGAUACAUCCAACGGAAGCUGGCUAUAGUUACAUUGCCAAUGUUCUGGAUACUAAGAUUCGUGGGUGGCUUAAGGCUUAAGUUAUCAUGAUUUGCAAAACUGAAACGAUAUUAUUUGUUUCGACUAUUUGUGGACCUUUUGUUUGUUAAUCAACUUCACUCUAUAUUACAUUCAACACUAGAUAAUCCCAAAAGUUCCAAUGAUUAACUUAGACCAAUGAUUAGUGAUGUAUAUAAGU